UUAAAUCUUUAGAUGUUAAUUUUUAUUUACUGCAUUUGGUUUUAUCAUGGAGCUUAUGUAAAUUCACUGAAGAUUAUAGAAAAAUUUGAAUUAGUUGAAUGUGAAGCUCGAUCAAUUAAAUUGAAGUUGCAACUAAACAAUAAUUAUGCAUCAGAUCAAGUAUUAAUGGUUAAAUGUUCAAGGUUUGACGAAAAAGAGAAAACAACAACAAUCAUAAAUAUGGCUGGUUUUGUAACAAUAAAUAGUCUUGCACCAAAUACUAGGUACAAAUGUAAGCUUGAGGUUUAUAAAUUAUCAGUUGAAUUGGAUUCUUCAAAUUUUGUUUACGCAGUAACUCUAAUAGGUGAAGCAUGUAUUCAACCUGUUGGCUUUGAGACCGGAAUUAUUAAAGAAGAUAGUAUUACAAGUUCUCCACUAACUAGUUCAAAAAAAAGAUCUAUAAGACUUUAUGAUGUGGAUGGUUUUUGGUGUUCAAUAGAUUCAAGUCCUUAUAUAAGAAUUGAUUUGGGAAGAAUAAUGACAAUUACAGGUCUUUUAUUUCGAACCAAUAACAAAGAUGUUGAUAAGAUAUAUAUAAAGUAUGGUAUAAAUGAUAUAGAUCAAAUGAAGGAUAUUUAUAUUGAUAAUAUUAUGGGGCAAAUUCUAAGGACAUUUGACUAUCCAAAAAAUGAUACUACACGAUAUUGGUUCUUGGAAAAUUCUUUUACAGUAAAAUUAUUAGAAUUUCGUUCAUUGGAUGAAAAAAAGCCAUUUUGUGUUCAGGUUGAAGUUUAUGGUUGCUCAGAAAUUUGUAGCUCAAAACUUGAACCAUUGUCAAUUUACCAUAUUCUGGAAUGGAACACGUCUUUAAGUAGCAAUACUAAAUUGAACACGUCUUUAAGUAGCAAUACUAAGUUAUUAAGUUUUGAGAACGUCACUUUAACCUGCAUUGAAACUAAUCAGAGUCUUCGUUUUGAUUUUGGUAAAAUUCUAACAAUAAGUGGCUUUAUGAUGCUCAGCCAAAAUGUAUCUUUAAAAAUAAGAAUCCGAUAUGGAGAUAUUGAAAAUAUGACCCUAAAACAAGAAGUUUUUCAGACAUUUUCAACAAAUUCUAUUCCACAUUCUUAUACAACAUUUUGGUUCAACGACCAAAUAUUGACAAAAUAUAUUGAAGUAAGACCUGUUACUGAAAUCACUUGCAUGUAUGUUGUGUUCCUUGGAUGUAGUUCAGCAAAUAUGAAAAAACUCGGUAUAGAAAAUGGAUCACCUGGUAUAACUUUAACAGAGUCUUCAUCAUUUAGUAUUUUUCAUACAGCUGUAAAUGGGAGGCUGAAUGCUAUGAUGUCAGACUGGACGAUUAAUGAUGCAGUAGAUAAAAAUCCAUGGUAUCAAAUUUGUUUUUCAGUAAUUCAAACUGUUUCUGCAAUUGCAGUUCAGGGUCAGGGGUAUUGGAGUGUAGCUUACAUCACUGGAUUCUCUAUAGAAUAUGGCUAUAGUGCAAACACUGUUUCAUAUAUUUACUCUUUUAAUGGUUUACCUUAUCAUUUUAAUGGAACAAAAAAUCGAUAUGCUACAAGUGUAAACCACUUUCCUGUUGAAAUUUCAGCACAAUGUUUAAGAAUAGUAAAAAUUAAAUCUUUUAAAUAUGCAUCUGGAAGAUUUGAAGUUCUUGGUAAUAACAUAACUUAUCCACCAAACAUUAUUAUGCCUAAACUUGUAUUUAACAUCAAAAAUUCCACUGCUUUUGUUAAAUGUGUUGUGAUUGGUCAACCAGGUCUCAUCAUUCAAUGGAGAAAACAAAAUGAAAUUAUUGUUUACAAUAACUUAAAUUACACUAUUGUAACUAGUAAUAGUUCCAUAGACAUUAAUGAAACCUACACAUCAGAAUUAACAAUAAAACCUUUAGUUCAUUUAAAUGUUGAUAAUGAUGACAAUUUUUGUCAUGGUGAUAUAAAAAAUGUAUCUUGUUUUUUUAACUACUCUAUUAGUACAGGCUACACAUCAGCUAAUUUAUUUGUUACAAAUACAUCAUUAAUAUACUAUGGUUUUGAUGCGGAAAUUGAUUUACCUAAUCUUACGAUCAUUGCAACUAAUAUCUCAAUAAAUAUUACAUGGACAACUGAAAGAGUUAAAAGAGAUUUCCAAGUUUUUUACAAUUUCUUGCUGAUAGAACACAAUGGUUCUAACAAAAUAACACGGCACAAAAAAACUAGCAUUGAAAGCAUUGCAGUGUAUGACGCAAAACCAUAUAGUUUUUACACCUUUGAAUUGACUGCGUUCAAUCGAUUAGGAAUAUAUCAAAAAGUCAUAAAGAAUUUUUUCUUAGAAGAAUGCUAUCCAUCUGUGAUUGGAAGCUUUACUGCUUUGGCUACAUCUAAAGAGAAUAUUUCAUUGAAUUGGAAACAUCCAAAAUGUCAGAAUGGAAUCAUUACUAAUUACACUGUUGAAUAUGCAGAGUUCAAUUUGUCAAGCACUAUGCUAUCUUUUCCAGUUGUUGAAGAAAAUCUUAAAAACCAAAAUUUUACUGUUGUAGUUGGAAAACUAAAAAAUUAUCAAAAAUACAAAUUCCGAGUAAAAGUUAUGACGAACCAUGGAGAAAAUUCUAGCGAAUGGAGUGAAUGGAUAAUAGAAGCAACUUUAGAAGGAAAUCCAUCUGUUAUUAGAAACCUUACUGCUUUAGCAAUAUCUAAAGAAAACAUUCAAUUGAAAUGGAAUCAUCCAGAAAUUUCCAAUGGAAUCAUUACCAAUUACAUUGUUGAAUAUGGAGAGUUUCAUUCAUCUAACAUUAUUUCACUUUCUUUUUUAGUUUUUCAAAGUCAUUUUGCUAUGCAUACAUUUGCUGUUCAAGUUAAACAACUAAAAAAUUAUCAGAAAUAUAAAUUUAGGGUAAAUGCAUUAACUAAUCAUGGGUUAAACCCUGGUGAAUGGAGUGAAUGGAUAGAUGAAACAACUUUUGAGGGAAAUCCAUCUGUUGUAAGAAAUUUUACUGCUUCAGCAAUAUCUAAAAAAAGUAUCGCAUUGAAAUGGCAUCGUUCGGAAUUUCCAAAUGGAAUCAUUACCAAUUACACUGUUGAAUAUGGAGAGUUUCAUUCAUCUAACAUUACUUCACUUUCUUUUUUAGUUUUUAAGAACCAUUCUGAUACAUGUACUGUUCAAUUUGAACAACUAAAAAACUAUCAAAAAUAUAGAUUUAGGGUAAAAGCUCUCACCAAUCAUGGGUUAAAUCAUGGUGAAUGGACUGAAUGGGUAAAUGAAACAACUUUUGAAGGAAUCCCAAGUGUUCCAGAAGAUCUUAUUGGUUAUGCUAGCUCUACUAGAAGUAUUACAUUAAAAUGGACAAAACCAAGGCAACUAAAUGGCAUUGUUCGAAGUUACACUCUUGUUUAUAGUGGUUUUAAGGCUUAUAGUUUAUCUUUUAAACACACUGGAGAAAUAGUUGUGUACUCUACUAAAGUAACAAUUUCAUCACUUUAUCCUGGUACAAAUUACACAAUUUGUUUAAAUGCAGAAACUAUUGUUAAAGGUCCAUCAUCCAUGAUUAAUAUUACAUUGCCCUAUGAUGAGCCACUUGCUCCUUUAUUGAAACUUGAAAAUCAGAAUUCAGAACAAAGAACCAUUGUUUUACAUUCAGUACCGAGUUUUACUGGGCCAAUCAGCCAUUAUGAAUUUGACAUUCAAGAAAAUUCCAAUAACUGUUUAAAUAACAGUAACACAACAAUCAAGUUUCUAUCUACACUUGAACAGAAUCAGCUUGUAAUUACUAAAAGUGAAGAAAAUAUUACAUUCCAGUCCACCUACAUUCAAUUAAGUUUGAUAGGAAAGUUUUGUAUAUGUUAUCGAGCUGUGAUUAACGACAGUGGAAUUGUUUAUAUGGGAGCAAUGUCUUACUUGGAUUUAGAAAGGAAUGACUUGGCAAAGAUUAAAAAAGACGAAAUAAAUGUUGGUUUCAAUAGCAUUUCUUUACGAUUGUCAAAAGGCCCAUUAUCUACCAAGUAUUAUCAAAUAAUUGUGUUCAAAGGUAAUCCGAUUAAUAGAGACCCAUCUCCAUCAGAAUUAAAACCUUAUAGUGAGAAGAGCGACAUUUACCUUGCAGCUGAAUUUAAUGCUUCUGAAUUUAUGUAUUAUGAAAAUUUUAUUGUUGGUGAUGGGAGUACAUACAGACGCUUUAGAAAUGCUUAUAGUAAUUUUUAUAAAAAUGCUUAUGAUGUUUUACAAAAUGUUGAACUUCAAAAUGGAAAAAGUUACUCCAUUCUUCAAAGAGCUUAUGAAAAUGAAACAAAAUAUUACUCAACUCCUUGGUUAUUAAAUAUACAGACUGAUAAACUGCAAAUAAAAAGUAUAAAAAAAGGUGGUACCAGUACUGGAGUUAUUGGUGCGGUCACCGGCACAGCUGUAUGUGUGAUUAUUCUUCUAGCUGUUCUUGGUAUUUUACUUAAAAGAAGAAAAAAGCAAGACAAAAUCAAAAAAGAAGAAAGCACUAAACUUGUACCACUUGAUUCUUUUAAAAAUCCUUCAUUAUAUAUCUAUGAUGAGAAUCUAGAUGAAGAUAAAAGGCAAUCUUUUGAUAAGGAACAACCUUCUGAUAUAAAGGUACCUCACAACAUCAAAAAUGAAAAAGAAAGCACUAAACUUGCACCAUUUGAACCAGUUUCUUCUUUUAUAAAUCCUUCAUUAUAUGUUCUUGAUGAGAAUCUAGAUAAAGAUAAAAGACAAUCUUUUGAUAAGGAACAACCUUCUGGUGAUUCAAGAAUGUGUCAUGGAAACAGUUCAGAUGUUAAAGCAAACUAUAUAAAUGCCUCCGUUAUUCAUGGAUAUACAAAGCAUGUCUACACAGCAACACAAGAUGUAAAAGAUGCUUGGAUUUAUGAAAACAUUUACGAUAGUAAAGAUAUUGUUAAAAAAGAAGGAUUCAAAAAUCCAUUUGAAACCCAAGAGAGAGAAACAGAACUUGAUCCUAACCGACUUCGGCUAGAGCAUGAAUUAGGUCAAGGAAAUUUUGGGUCUGUUGUAAAAGGAGUUUACAUGUUAAAGAACAACAAAUAUGUAGCUGUUGCUGUAAAAACUCUUAAAGAAGAUAUUCCUGGCCAAAAGUCUGAAAUUGUUAAAGAAGCAGAAAUAAUGUCAAAACUGGAUCAUCCCAACAUUGUUAGACUGAUAGGAGUCACUCAAUCACCAGAAUUUAUGCUAGUGAUGGAGUUAGCUCCACAAGGUCCAUUACACAAAUUCUUGGAAAAAAAUAGAAAAAUGAAAGUGCUUGAUAUUCUUGUUCUCAUGUUGCAGGUUGAUGAAGGAAUGAACUACCUCGAGAGUCAACAUUUUGUUCAUCGUGAUUUGGCUGCAAGAAAUGUUUUAGUAGUAUCGAAAAAUUUCGUUAAAAUAUCAGACUUUGGAAUGUCUAGAGCAAUGGGCGUUGGAAAUGAGUAUUAUCGAGCUGAGCAAGCUGGUAAAUGGCCAUUAAAAUGGUAUGCUCUAGAAUGUAUAUACUAUCAUAAGUUUUCAAGUAAAGGAGAUGUUUGGAGUUAUGGAAUAACAAUGUGGGAAGCAGUUUCUUAUGGGGGUAAACCAUACCAGGGUAUGGGAGGAUCAGUUAUAAUAGAAAAACUUGAAAGUGGUUAUCGUCUUCCAAAGCCUGAUAAUUGUUCAGAUGCUGUGUACACAUUAAUGUUAAAAUGUUGGGAAACUAAUCCUGAUGAUCGACCAUCAUUUAUGGAAAUUGGUAUCAUUUUAUCACAAUAUAUUCAAAAUGAGAGAAAUAAAAAGAAAUAGAAUUUACAUCUGUUGUGGGGUUGUAUCACUUGACUUAUUUUUUAAUGGAUUUUUAUAACAAAUUUAAGGUUUAAAAUUAAGAAUUUUUGUUAAUUUCACUUUUUUUUAUUUUUUUUAUCCAAAGACGACAUAACUGUUUUUAAGACAACUGUUUUUAUAGUCUUUUAUUAGGAAUUUUUUCCAAAAAUCGUCUUUGAAAUAUCUUUUUUAAAUGGUUUUUACAUGUUUUUUUGUUGUUGAUGUUUUUGUUUUUUUUGUGUGCGUGUGUGUGUGUUUUCU